AUGUCAUUCUUAGGUCUCGGAGGCGGUGCCCCAAAAUUGUCAUCUGAACAAAAAGUCCAAGCUGCUGAAGCUGAAUUGGAUAUGGUUACCGACAUGUUCAACAGAUUAGUUGACACUUGUUACACCAAAUGUAUUGAAAAAUCCAAGGGUUACAGUGAAGGUGACGUUAACAAGAACGAAGGGUUGUGUAUUGACAGAUGUGUUGCUAAAUAUUUCGAUACCAAUGUCAAGGUUGGUGAACACAUGCAAAAGAUUGGCAGCUCCCAAUUCCCAGGUAGACGUUAA